GAGGCAGUCCUCCUCUCCUUCUUCUCACCUGCCUGUGUGUCUCUUUGUUCAUGUGCCUGUCUGUCGUCUUUAAGCUUAGAAAUAUAGAGUGAACACAGAGCUCGGUAAUGGAGACCACGGUGGACCGGCGUUCCCGCUUUUACCCCCGCGAGAGGCACACAAACUCACCGGACAAAUAAGGCGUUAAAGGACGCCGGGUUUCAGCGGAAAGCGCCUGUCACUGCUAUUAACCACGGCGGCGCUCUCAAGUGUGAUCUCCUUCAUCCUCCUCCUCUUCCUCGCUGUCAGCACGUCUUGAAAAACAGAUGCCCUGCACGGGAAGUUACGGACUAAACACGGAUACAUUCUCCAAGUCGUCUUCUCCAAUUUCCCAGAAGCGCUCUCACCCGAAGGAUUUCUUCCUCUAUGAGCCAGCUCUUCACUGACCUCAAAAACAAGCUCUUUGACCGCCCCAGUGAGAAGAGCUCCCCCAACUCAGAUCGAGGCUUCUGAGAAAUGAGCUGCCAAUGUAAGUCCCUUGGCUGACCUCAGCGCUUCGCUGGAAAUAUCUUUAAAAGAAUCUCUCUUCUGGCCUGGAGGUCUUCUAGAGGGUUGGACCUCCUCGCCAUCAUGAAAGGCUUAGGGACCAACCGCAGCAGACACCUGUCUGAUUCCUGCGACCCUUCUGCAGACCAUUCAGAGGCCCUCUUUUCUCAUAAGACCACCACACUUCCUCGCAGCCCUUAUUUGCUGAGUCCCACAAUGGACCACUAUGGCACCAUGGACCCCCACCUUUACUCUUCAGCCAACCCAAGCUCCCUUCCACCAGAAUGCAUGCUGCCCCUCAACAACCAGCUGUCCAACAGCAGCACCUUUCCUGGGAUUCACUACAACUCCUAUGACCAGUCUGAUUUUUCUCCUCCUGGGGACAGUAUCGGAGGAAUAAGCACAGGGACCUUGGGGACCUCCAUGUCCAUGGGCAUGGGGACGGGAAUGGGCAUGGGCAUGGGCAUGGCAGGGCUGAGCGCACGAACACCUAUGAUUACAAGUGGCUCAGCAACAAUAUCACAUCAUAUGACCAAGAACCAGACCCCACCAAGUCUGCUUGAGUUUGAUAAACAGUUACCUGGUGGCCGUGAUGGAUUCAGCACAUUGCAGUUUCACCGAACAUCUGCUGCUGCUGCUGCCAAGCAGCGUACAGACAGUCCUGGUCGUAUUCGUUACAUGCUGCACUCAGUGCAGAAGCUCUUUGCAAAGUCACAGUCCCUGGAGAGCCACAACAUGAAAGGAAAUGUUAACGGACGGUCGACCGGCAGUGGAGGAGGUUCGUCUAGUACGGAGGAUGGAGGGAAGCACAAUCGCAGAGCCAAAAGUAAAGAUCGGGGUACAAAAUCAGAAGCAACUGCCAAGCGACGGCCACGCUCCAACAUGUCGGGCUACUGGAGCUCGGACGAUCUGGACAGCAGCGAUUUGAGCAGCUACCACAACACCAUGGCCAUGAUGACUCUCGGGCGUCCAUCUGGCCCCGACAGCCACGGGGGGCAGAACAGAUACAUCCACAGUGGCUACAACACUAUCAGCUCAUCUAAAAGCAGCAGUGACUUAAAGUAUCAGGCACUUCCUGGGCCAGGGGGUGGAGGAGGUGGUGGAUUAAGUGGACUAGGUGGAUUAAGUGGACCAGGAGGUUUGAUGAUGAAUGAUAGUGACUAUAUGAAAGGAGGGUCAUGGUCCACAUUAACCAUGGGUCAACCAAGACAGGUUAUUCAGAAGGGCUCAGCUACUCUGGACAGGUCCAUGCUCAAGUCCAAGUCCUGCCAACAAGAACUAACCUGCAACUACCUACAGGUUGGAAGAAGGGGUGACUGGAGCAGCUCAUUAAGUCGCAGCGGGGGUGCCAAUGAAAUCCCAUGCCGGCGGAUGCGGAGUGGUAGCUAUGUGAAGGCAAUGGGAGACAUGGAAGACAGUGAUGACUCUGAGGGAAGUCCCAAACCCUCACCAAAAACUGCUGCUCGGCGUCAGAGCUACCUCAGGGCUACCCAGCAGUCUCUGAGUGACCAGUUUCCCCCACGCAACAGAACCCUGGAAUACACCUUUUUGCAAGGGGAGCUAGAUGCCCUGUGGUCUCCACUCCACAGUGUGUCCUCUCUGCACCAGCUGGGCAGGUCAAUGAGCAGCUGUCUUCCAGCUCUCAGAGAGUUCUCCAAUAAUCGCAGCCUAGACAACCUAGACUGUAUUGGGAGUAUAGGCUCAUCUUUGCCACCAUGGGACGACGAUGACUUCAGCCAGGCUUGCAGUACCUUGGGCAGGCGCAUGGGACAGCUACGAGACCUAGAAAGGAGCCAUCAUUAUGAAGACCGCAGCUCAGAUUCUACAUUUAGAGAUUCCCGUUCCCAUUCUCAGGACAACUCAGAGCCUCCAGACCUACCCAUGCCAACGUGCUUCCGAUCCCGCAGCCACAGCUACCUGAGAGCCAUCCAGGCUGGCUGUUCCCAAGACGACGAAGUUGCAUCCAUUGACUCGGGCUGCUCUCCGCCUCCCAUUGACACCACGGUUCGCACCUACAGCACCAGCACUGACGAACUUUCUGGACAAUGGAAGACAUGGAAAGAACAGUUUGGCUCUUACCUGAGAGCCACAGGCUUGGACAAAGAACCAAAGGAGAAACAACUUGCAAUUUUUCUUCAGCGUUUUGGGACAGACAGACCACACAUCCUACCCCCACGCACAGUCUCCACGUGCAUAACCACCUGUAAGAAAGCAGCUCCUCCACCAGUGCCACCCCGUACAACCUCCAAGCCCUACAUCUCAGUGACCGUGCAGAGCAGCACAGAAUCGGCCCAGGACAACUACUUGGACCAGCAGGACAGGAGGUCAGAGGUCAACAGCCAAUCUAGCCACGCUCAAAGCAAUUCUUCUGACAGCCUUGACAGCACCCGUGCCAACAGCCUGGCCCGGGGCAUUCCCCGCCCUCCGCACAUCAUCCCCACUCCUAUUGCUACCCCGAGAGAACCAAUUGCCCCCGCCACUGCAAAUGCUUCCACUGAGACAAGUGACUCUGUAGUCCAGCACGAACCCCUAAAAUCGGGAUUUAAUAAAGGAAAUCUUGCAGCAGAGGAGCCCCUAGUAGUCCCGGUGCCCAGGCGGAAACUUUCCUCCAUUGGCAUACAGGUGGACUGUAUUCAGGAAGUUGCACGAGAAGAGACCCCUCCCCUGACCAGAUUUCAAUCAAUUGGAGUACAGGUGGAGGACGGGUGGCAGCUCAGUCACUCCAGCAGCAUGGCCUCAAAACACGAAACAGACUCAGACACGCAGGACAUCUCUAUCAUCUCCCAUGUAAUUAAUGCCAAACCCACUGAGAAGAAAGUCAUGGUCAAUUGUGCCAGUCAGUCCAUGAGCUCCCCUCCUGGACGAGACUCUUUAGACAGCGCCGACCCCACCUCUUCACCUCCACCUCCCAGGCAGAUUCUCAACCGCUCCACCACAAGAAGCAGCUCUUCCUCUUUCUCGGAAAGUCUGGACCCAGCGUUGGACCCCUCUUCUCUUCCACCGCCAGACCCCUGGCUGGACAGCGGGAAUAACAGCAGUGUCCCUCAGAGCGGAGGAGGGGGAACGCUGUGUCGGAGGGACGGCCAGUGGUUCUUGAAGCUGCUGCAGGCCGAGACGGGACGCAUGGAAGGCUGGUGCCAGCAGAUGGAACAGGAAACCAAAGAUAACCAGCUCUCAGAAGAGGUGCUGGGGAAGAUUCGCAGUGCAGUAGGAAGUGCCCAACUCCUAAUGUCUCAGAAGUUUCAGCAGUUCCGGGGACUGUGUGAACAAAACUUGAAUACAAAUGCCAACCCACGCCCUACAGCCCAGGACCUGGCUGGUUUUUGGGACCUCCUUCAGCUAUCCAUUGAAGACAUCAGCCUCAAAUUUGAUGAGCUUUACCAUCUCAAGUCCAAUGACUGGCAGCCCGUGACAUCUGCAGCUGCCCAGUCAAAUUCUGAGCGGAAGGACGAGGAGAAGGCGGCGUCAAAGAAGCCUGGUAAGGUACGACCACCGCUGGGCCGCGAGAAGAGUGCCGACUCUUCAUCCAACUCUUCCUUGAGCUCCGCAGAGAAACAGCGACAAGAGGCUCGCAAGCGUCUGCUGGCUGCUAAGAAGGCUGCCUCGUUUCGCCAGAACUCGGCCACAGAAAGCGCAGACAGCAUCGAAAUUUACGUCCCUGAGGCCCAGACUCGUCUCUGAAAGAAACUGUGAGAGAGGGCCAUUGGGUUGGAACAAAGGACAGUUAAGUGUCAGUUAAACACCUGGAGAAAGGAGAGGAAGCUUUUGCAAUGUAAAUGAGCCAUCUCAGUUGAGAUGGGUAUGGGUGGAGGGAAAAGAGUGGGAAAUUCCUGAAUUUGGAGGGUUUUGACACAUUCAUACAAUAAUAGGCUGGUCCUGGUGACUUCAAAUGAGCAAACAAGUCAUUGAAUAUUUCUCGGACCCAACGGACUUUGAAGCAGGAGACUCCUCAUUUGAGUCUUGCCAUUAAGAACCUCAGCUGAUGAACUUUAUCUUUUCUUGUUACUGUUCUUGAUAUCAUCAUAAAAAAUUGUUAAAGAAGGUAUUGUUAUAAUGACAAUUAUAUCCUAAAGAAUCUAUAUGAAGACUGUUUUAAAUGUUCCUGUAUCUCGGCUAUAAGAUAUUUUAAGCAGACAGAAGGCAAGCGUUUAUGCUUUUCUGUCCUCCAUCGUCCUGCUCUCUUCCCAGACCAUUGGCCAUCUUGUAGCUUUUGCACAACACCGCCUUGUGGCCAUCACAGACACUGCACACAUACCACAAACUCACCUCUGUGUGUCUUCCUCCUAUUUAUUUGUUUGUUAACUUUCUUCACGAUUUGAGUUAUAUAAAAAUCAGUUUAGAUCAGGUUAUUACAAAUCGUUUUGGUGUGAUGAAACUGAAAGUCAGGUUUAAAGGGGUAUUUGUAUAGUUAGCAGUUACCUCUUGCGUAUGUCCUACAGAGUGGAUUGUGUCAAAGAUGUUUUUUAACAAACUUUAGGUUUAGUGUCUGAAUGGAUUUUGAAUGAGAACGCAUCCCAAUAAUCAGGCAAAGCUUGAAGACAUUUUAGGAUACGCACUACCGCUCGAAAGUUUGGGGGGUUUUUGAAAUGUUUUUGUUUUCUUUGUUUUGUGAAGAGAAGCUCACUUGUUUUAAGCUAAUGUAGCACUGACCAGCAGAAAUGUUAUAAUUGGCAGCAAUUAAUUAAAAUUACCAACAUUUCAGGCAUACAUACCUUCACUCCUGUGCUCUAAUGGCAUGAUCCCUAAUACCAGUUUGUCAUAUUAAAAGAAUAAUUAUUAGGAAACAUAGCUGACAAAACUUGUGCCAUUAACAGAAGCCAUUACAUUACAUGCCAUUACAUUUAAUGUUGUUUCUUUCACUGUGGAUUAGAUGUUUAAAAAGACCUUUUAGAUAACUAAAAUAAAUUGUAAAAAAAACUGGGGGGAAUUUAAGACUAUAACUGAAACAAUUUUGUGAACUUGGAACACUAAUAAAUAUAUAGAGGAGAUAUCCUUAAUUACUCUCUGUUAGUUAUGUCAAGAAGAGGCUUUGAUGUGUUUGAAACUCAGGAUCUCUGGACACUGUGAACCAGCUGCUUUCAAAAAGUUAUGUGAUUUUAUUGUAAUACCUGGACUGAUUUUCCUAAAUCUUGUCUUUUACUUAUAUAGUCCAUAUAAUAUUCAUUUAAAUAAACACUAAAACUAAACAUUUUCAAAGAAUAGAAACUACCGGUAAAUUGAAAUAAGAGAAUCAGCCCUGGGAAAAUAACUGAAAAACAAACAGUCAAAAUAAAAGGUAAUUGGAAAUAGCUGAAGCAGGUCCAGAUAUUGCUACUUAAUAAAAACAUUUAUUGAUUCAUACAAUGUUUUUUUUUUUUACUACUCAGAGAAGUGCAAACCAGCUCUAAAGAGAACAGAAAGAAUGAGAUAAAACCCUGUAGAUCAUUGCGCUAGGAGAUGUGAAUCAGAGUUUCUAGUCUUCUAUUGGCAGCUUUAUGAAAUGGUUCCCAUAAGAGCCAAAUCAUGUUGGUUUGUGAAAAGAACAGUACACACUGUUUAACUUUUCAGGCAUGUAAUAGGUAGUUCCCUUUUUUAAGAGAGUUUUGAGACUACUCUAAAACCCAUAAAGGCUGAUCUAUCAGGCUCUUAACUAUCCAAUAUUUUUAAUCAGCGAUACAGUUUUCAUAACAUUAUCAAAUAGGUCAGGAGCACACUGCUUGCAUUACCAGUACCAUGUUUGCUUCUCGUGUUAAGUUAGAGCAGUCUGCCUGAGAAGCACGAGUCAGCACUCUGCAUCUAAAGACCCAGAGUGUCAGUUUUUUUUUCUCCCCAAGUGAAACAUGCAGCUCUCAGCAAAAUCAGUGAAAAAAAUAAUCUAUUUAUAGUCAUGUUGUCAGGCUAGCAGCACUAUAACUGAUAUUUUUGGUAUAAUUUAAAGAUGUGGAAUAUAUCUGAGAAACGUUUUUCACAAAUGUGGAAAAAUGCAAGCUAAAUAAAAUGUCAUUAAUCUGAUAUAAUAUAGAAGAUAAUUACCAGAAACACAACGAGGGUUAUAAUUACAUUAUUAUUGAUAAGUUACCAGAGUCUUUGACAGGGAACAUCUUUCCUGGUGCACUCUUUCUUUCUGAACUAUGUGUGAGCCACAACACUUUAUCGAGAUAGCUGUCAUGCAUAGAUAGAAGUUAGGUUGCUAACUUGUACUAGCUGAUGUAAUCUGCCACUGGAGCACAGGAUUGAUCCCUUGAUAUAGAUUCCAGUAAUGAUUGAUUAAUACAUUUUGAUUUGCAACAUUUUUGUAAACCUUUACUUUAUACGCAGCGUAAGGUUUAUCCUGCAGCUGCCCUAAAUUAACAGUAUUGGCAAUUACAAAAAUCUUUUUUUUAAUGUUCGUCUAAUGGUUAAUCCACCGGCAUGCGCACGCUCUUUAAUAAAAAUGAUGUGUUUAAUUCUAAAUAUAAUUAUUGUUGGUAACAAUGAAUUAUCAAAGUUGUUGUUUCGCAAAAGAGAUUUUUAAAAAAAAAAAAAAAAAUUAAGAUCCCUAAUAACUGUUAUUUGCUUGCAUUCAUGAAUUAGUUUUUGUGUUUGAAUGUUAUAAGUCUGAUUAAUUUUGGACUUGUCUGAGAGGUCCAGUGUACCAGCUCAAGUUUGGGUAUAUUUUGAUUGGUCAUUUUUAGUUUUAUACAUGUUUUCACAGAUGUGAAGUGGGAGUUUUGCAAAAUUACCUCAAACUUUUGAGGGGUAAUGUUUACCCGACAGAAUGACAUGGGGAACUAUAUACCGAAUAUUUAUUCCUGUUGUUGGGACGAAAUCUUUCACUCCUCCUGGUGUCUUUUGCCUUCUCUUUUCCACUACCAUAGCAUUUUCUCUUUGUGCUGUAACUGCAGAUACAUAAAUAUUUGACUUCUUUAAGUGCUUUCAUCUAGGCUUCAUGCAGCAGGCACAGUGUGCAGGUUUCGUGUUUCCAGAAGUGUUUUUUGAUUUUAUUUUGCUUCCCAUCACUCAACAAAAUAAUGAAAUCAAAGUUCAUUGUUACAUUAUCCCCCCCCCCCCUCCAUCAGAAGAGCACCCAAAAUACCUGCACUUAUUUUUAUUCAAAGAAGACUUUCUUAUUAAAGCAUUACAUACAUUA